GCUUAGAAGAUACCAUACAAAAAGGGGCCGUUCUGUGUUCAGUGAAGGUGUUGGUUGAUCAUCAUUUGAUGGAAUUCUGCUGAAUAAAUAUCGGGUUUUGAGGAACAUUUGUAAUAUACAGAUUCUUUGACCAUGGCUCAGCCAGCCUCUACUGAUAGACAGCACCUCCUAGAUCGUCUUCUUGAUGCGGUCAAGCAAUGUCAGGUGAGGUUUGGUGGACGUUCAGAGCUUGCCACGGAUGCAGACAGUCGGGUUUCUUGUCUUUGUGCUCAGUAUGAGGCGGUGCUACACCAUGGACUCAAGAAGCCUUCUAUCAACCCGCUCAGUGCUCUCCAGCAGAUGACUGGAUUGACUAUGCCCAAUCUACCUCUCAUCAAAACAGAUGCAGAACCUGUUUACUGGCCCAUAGUAAGAGAUCAGCUGACGCCCCAUGAGAUCCAGCGGUAUAGUGCCCUCAAGCAUAUAACCACCGAUGCAGGGCGUGGUCGUGCAUGGCUCCGAAGCACUCUCAAUGAACACUCUCUGGAGAGAUACAUGCAUAUGAUACUCAGUGCUACAGCUAUCAUCAAACAGUACUAUGAGCCGUGGGCUUUCUUACUAGAUGAGGAGAGAUCUACAAUGCUGCCUACCAUGGCUAGAGGUCUAGGAUCUAUUCUCUUUGCUAUUAACAUUGACAAUCCAGAGCUAAACGGUACUAAGCAGCCUUCAGCGUUUGAGUCUCUCUCAUCGUUCAUCCAAGCUCCUGAGACGGUCCAGGCCCAGAACAUACGGGACCAGGAUCCAGAACCUGUCAUAGUAGCAAGUGCUGCAACACAAGGUCAUAAGGAGAAGAAGAAGAAGAAAGGCAAGAAGAAAGGCUCCGUCUCUAUCGUAUCAUUCAAUGACAAUCAAGGAACAUCAUCAUCAUCAUCAUCAUCAGUACUAGUAGGAUCUCCAUCAUUUAAAGUCAACCUGGUUGAUACAGGACGCAAUGAUUCAGUAGAAUCACACGAUAGUUCACAAGAUUUUGCCCCAAGUAGUGAUCUAGGACGGUUCUCAGCGCUAGGAGUAGGAAGCUCUAGUCUCAGUAGUGGAAGCUCAUCUAUGUCCGGUGCUAUUGAAAGUAGUUCAUCUUCACUGAGAUCUGAUAAAGAGACAGAAUCUGCUCGUAGUAGUGGUGGAAGAUUAACUGACUCGUUAGCCGUACAACCCGCUGGAGGGCAGACACCGGUAGUUAGGAGUGAUGUUAAUGAUAAUGAAGUAGAUAUAUCCAGGGACCAUUCGUCAACAUCUGAAGACUUCCCGGUGUCCUUUCCUGCGACCACGCCCCCUUCCACUCCUCAAGAUGUGUCUCAUCUUGAUCAAUACCAGAGAAUACGCAACUCAAUGAAGAAUCAUGAGAUGGAGAUCACUCGUCAACAGAGGGCGCUUGUCAAUGGUAGCGUCACAUCCAAUGGAGGGGGCGGGGAUCCAGCACUCCAUUCACGGGAGCUCUACUCCUCAUUCCCGGCCAAAACCCCACCCUCGACCCCACUAGAAACAUCCACGCUAGCACAGUACGAGAAGUUACGGAACUCUGUUGAUGCGACGGAAGUCAGCGAUCAGUUGCGUCAGGAUAUCACCAUCUCCACUCCGGAAGGUACAACAACCAGGAGUAUAUAUGAUACAUUUGGAGCUGGAGAGAGACUGUCAAACGGAGAUGGUGAUGUUGAUCAUGCGAAUGCUGAUGAGGAGUCUUCAACAUCUACCAAGAGAGCUAGUGUAGAAUCAAUGGAUAGGAUGAGUCCUGCGUUGAGUAAAGGAAGCUUCCAUCUACUUGGUGAGGAGUCUGAUGAGGCCAUGUUUCCUGUCGCACAAGAUGAGAUGCAGUCUAAUGAUUCCAGUGUGUUAACGUUCGGUGCUGAGACAGAGAAUGCUGCGUUGGGUCUAGCUAUGGCACAGAAAGGUCUCACAGACAGCUCUUUGGGAGAACUUGGUAGAACAGAAGAGACAGAGAGACUUGCAUCUGACAUGUCUACAGAUGACCUGAGGCAAGCACUUCUUGCUACUAUGAAUCGUAAUGAUGAUCUACAAGAGAAAAACAGAUCACUGCGUGCUCUGUUAGACAGUGAGAUGGAACACUCAGCAUCUCUUAGAGGUCAACUAGAGGAACUAAGGGUCAAAAGUCAUGACUCGCAGGAUAAGUUAGACUCACAAGUACAGGCUCUUACAAGGGAAAAUGAAUUACUGAAGAAUCAAUUGAAGAAGUAUGUAGCUGCAGUUCAGAUGCUGAGAAGAGAAGGAUCUAUGGGAGCUAUAGAAGGUUUACCUGGCAUCAGACCGGAAGAUAUUCAACCAGCGAUACCGGAACCUAAGGAAGGUCUUAUAGAUUACAGCGAGCAAGCACAGCAGUAUGAACACAAGUUAAUACAGGUUGCUGAGAUGCACGGUGAGCUGAUGGAAUUCAAUGACUAUCUAACCAGACAGCUCAAGGCUAAAGAUUAUCUUAUCAAGACGUUAAGAGAUGAAUUGGUUGACCUUAGAGGACCUCUACCAGAAGAUAGAUCAGACUCCGAGCUUAACUCGCCAGAUUCAGAAACAGCGUCGUUAGCUCCAGCAACCAGAGCUCUUAUCAAUCUAUGGAUACCAUCAGCUUUCUUGAGAGGGAAGGGUAAAGAUGCGUUCCACGUAUACCAGAUCUACAUACGUAUCCGAGAUGAUGAAUGGAAUGUUUAUCGUCGGUACUCUCAGUUCAGAGAGCUCCAUAUCAAGAUGAAGAAAUCUAAUGCUGUCAUCAACACGUUUGAAUUCCCUCCAAAGAAGGCCGUCGGUAACAAGGAUACAAAGUUUGUUGAAGAAAGGCGGAAAAGGUUACAGCACUAUCUGAGACUGGUUAUCAAUUUCUGCGUUCAGAACUCCCUUGAGCUUACAGAGACACCUAGCAAAGAAACCCUCAUAUCAUUGAUACCAUUCUUUGGGGAUACUAUGGUGAGGAAACAGAGUAAAGGCAGUGGGGGUAACAAACCAAGACUGAUGGCUGGUAGGAGGGGUAAUGAGACACCCAGCUAUGAGGGACUCUAGGGUGCAGAGUAAAGGCAGUGGGGGUAACAAACCAAGACUAAUGGUUGGUAGGAAGUUACAGUCAAGGAUGUUGGUAGUCAAGGGUGGUGGUAGAUACAAGAUGAUGUAGCCAAAGAAUGAUCAGACAUGUAUUCGUUGAUGGUAGCUGAAAGGAUGGAUCAAACAAGGAGAAAAACAAAUUCAGGUAUUAAUUUUAUACCGGGCAUGAUGUAAUUUCUGCUGAAGAAGACCAUUUCAAAAUGGAACAGAGGGUGAGAGAUUUGGAUGUUACAAUAUACCGGUGGAGAGGGGGUUUGGAUUUUGAUGGAGAGUGGGGCAAGGACGAGAUUAAAUUAAAUAAAGGGGAAAUAUGAAAGGAAUGAAGGAAGGUUAUAUUGGGUUACUAAUCUUCAGCUAAACCUUUACUUAGAGAUAAUUCAUGAAGCUCUAUCAGGCGAAAGGACAAUUUUUAUAAUUAACACUUGUAGGGCUGAAAUUUACAGGUUUUAAUUAUGAUGUGUUGAUUUUUAUUUAAAGUACUGAGCUGGAAUGAUUUCAUUGCUGUCCGAUAUAAGAAGCAAUUGUGAUGAAACAUUGUAAACUCUUAUUUUGCUUCCAUGUAAAACAAGGAGAAGAGGACAAAAGAUGUAAGAAAUCAUGUGUGUUGGUCUUCAAUGUGACUUUGAAAGAUAACAAGAUCCAUGCAGUAUUCAAAAUCAUGUGACCAAGUUAGAUAACUUAGCAAUCUUGUAAUGUUAAUUAUGCAUCAAGUGGUACAUGUAUCUAUAAUUCAUGAUUCUUUUAACUAAACUUUCUUGUGAAUCUUCUAGAACUAAACUCUGUGAUGUAAGAUUGAGUUUUAUCAAUCAUUUUACAUUUCUGUUUAGUGCAUGUAGGUAGUCGCUUUGUUCUUCAUAGCUAUUUGAUUUUAAAGAAAAAUGCAUAUAUAUUUGCUACAGAUUUCAAUUUAUUAAGAUUUUUUUGUUUCCAAUUCAUUUACUUGAUUCUUUGGUCAUUGUUCCCUUAUUUUUGCAAAGCUAUUUGAUAGGUGCUUUAUUACCUUUCAUCAUGCACGAUGGACAUGCAGUGCUUGCCCAAGUUUGAUUCACUGGAUGUGUAGGGUUUAGGAGGGGUGAUGUAAAUCAUGACAUGCUUUGAUGAAUUCAUACUGUGACUGAUUUUGUAUCAGUCUUUUGCUUCGUGGAGUAACCAUUAUGUUUGUUAGCUUAAUCAGUAAACCAAAUUAUAACACACACAGCUUCUAUUCUGAAAAACUUGAACUUGUCAGCAUAUUAUGUAUUUUUCCAACAUCAAUUUUACUUCCAAAAUUGGGAAGAUGAUAAAAUGUUUCUAUCUACCAGUAAAUGUAUAAUGAUAUAUCACAUUGAUUUAUCUGUUUGUAUAUGUUGCAAAUAGGGAAUAUUUUAUUUGCUUUCUAUGCAAGAAGCGAUAUACAAGCUUUUGGCACCCCGAAAAUGCUGCAGUUGCCUUGCCUACAUAACUUAUUUCAAAAGAAAUUAUCCAGCUAUAGAUCAUCUUGGAAAUAGUACACAGAACCGCCUCAAAGUGGUUAUUGAUGCAUUAGACAUACAGAUUUAGAGUGUGUAUACAAUAGAUAUGGCUAUUUAUUAUUAAGAAGUAAUUUUAAUAAAUUUAAAAACAACUGUUAGAUCAGGGUUUAUUUUUUUCUUAACCAUGUGUAAUUGCUAAAAGAUUUCUGUACGAGAUUUCUUAUCCAGUUGGAUAGACAAAUGCAGUCCAUACAUUUUAUGUGGUAUUUAUCACAUACAUGAUUAUCAAUUAUUUGGUUUUAAAAAAUAAUUUAUUAAAAGAGAAAAGGGCUUGUAGUGAUGAUAAUGUUUCACAGGCACCAGUAUACUUACAUGCACAACAAAAUAUGAGAUAUCUUUUAUAUUUGGUUGAUUUUGAUAAACGGUGCAUUAAUGGAAUCAAUUAUAAUGGCAGUAUUGAAUAAUGAUAGCAACCAUGGACAAUAUGUUAACUUAGCUUGGGUGCAGUGCAAUGCCAGUGUGUAGUGCAUAAAUAAAU